GCGUGCGCAAAGUUCAGGUCUAAGGAAAGGGACGGUCCGAAAUGUAGAAGCGCUUGGGCGCAUGCGCACACCUAAACGUUGCCAAUCCAGCGGAGACCACUGGGCUGAACCCAAGGGAUAGUUGAGGGGCCAUCGAGUAACGGCGGAGUUAACUGGCGCAAAAUUCUCCCAGUGAGUUACAAGAAGCGGGGAAAAGGAUGGAGGCGCGGAUCUCCCUUGGCUAAAGCGACAGUUCGCUACGGGAGCACGCCCCUCUAGUUCCUCCCUUUUUAGCGAUGGACCUGAAACCUCACGUGCUACCUCUACUUCCAGGUCAGAGUUCAGACUUAAGAUUGUAGAGAGCGUCCAAGAACAGGCAGGAAUAGUCGAAGUAGGAUAGCGUCGUUUUUCUUAAAGUGACAGGCUCAAGGCAAUUGGGGUCAAUCCAGCGGUUACGAGGGCGGUUUAGCUAUUCUGAAUCCAAUCACUGAGCAAAUUUCUUGACCGCAGUUUCAGGUUUCCGCCCCUUCAUGGGGAAGAGGCAUGAAUAAGUGGAUUGUUUCCCAGGUGAGGGAAAGAGGAGAGCCUUAGACAACUCGUUCCAAGAGCUCGAGGUGCAGCCAGUUCCGUCCUCCUUGUCUUACCCACCCCCAUCCUACUAGCUCUGCAAAGCUGAGCUUCUGGCCCCAGUUUCACAUACGAAGAGAAUGAGGCGCAGAGAGGAUGGGUCACACAGCCCUGCAACUUCGGAGCCAAGACCAAACUCGGGUUUGCCCCUCUCCCAAGCUCGGUUCUUUGCCCCAAUUUUGCUGAUGCGGAUGUAGAGAGUGGGGAUGGCCCGUCCUUAGUAGAAACGAACUUGGACCCUAAACCUGCUGUCAUGGGGGAUCGGGGCUACCCUUCCCCACCUUCUGCCUCUCAUUGCCCGCCUACCCGGGAACUCCCAGGCCCAGUCGCCCCGCAGUCUCUGGGAGGGGAGCGGUGCUACCCGCCCGCGUCAUCUGAUGCUGUUUCCUGCAGGAGGGAGAACAGCGGAAAAAAGUGAAACUCCACCCUCCACCUCUGCCUCCCGCCCCCGGGGCCAAAGUACAAAGGGAGGAGGAAGAAGGGAACGGGGUUGGAGCCAUCGGGUUGAGAGAGCCCAGCCGGGAAGAGGCAGCUUGGCCCAGCUAGAGACACUCCAGCCAGCCCCUGCGCAAAGAGACCCAACUGGAGUCCAGGCGCUGCUCCUUGCUGGCCCCACCUUACACUUGGCGGGUGCAGGAGCCAGACUCCCAGGACUGCUCCAGACUGAGGGACGCCCGGGCCCCUCUGUGCCAGCCAUGGUGAGACGCCGGAGGCCCCGGGGGCCCACCCCCCGAGCCUGACUACACUGCCCCAGGUCGCCUUCCUCCGGAAGCCCGAGAUGCGGGGGGCCGGGAGGCGACACUCCUGGCUCCCCAGAGAGGCGUGGGUCUGGGGCUGAGGGCCAGGGCCCGGAUGCCCAGGUUCCGGAACUAGGGCCUCGGCAGUCAGCAGGGUGGGGACCAGGGGCACCCAGGGAAGGUCCCCCACACCCACCAACGCCAGCUCCCAGCCAUGGAGCCCUUGAAGAACCUCUUCCUCAAGAGCCCGCUGGGGUCAUGGAACAGCGGUAGCAGUGGGGGCAGUGGGGGCGGCGGCGGAGGUUGGCCAGAGGGAUCCCCGAAGGCGGCAGCUUAUGCCAAUCCUGUGUGGACAGCCCUGUUUGACUACGAGCCCAAUGGGCAGGACGAGCUGGCCCUGCGGAAGGGCGACCGUGUGGAGGUGCUGUCCCGGGAUGCAGCUAUCUCAGGCGAUGAGGGCUGGUGGGCGGGCCAGGUGGGAGGCCAGGUGGGCAUCUUUCCGUCCAACUAUGUGUCUCGGGGCGGCGGUCCGCCCCCCUGCGAGAUGGCCAGCUUCCAGGAGCUGCGGCUGGAGGAGGUGAUUGGCAUCGGUGGCUUCGGCAAGGUCUACCGCGGCAGCUGGCGAGGCGAGUUGGUGGCUGUGAAGGCAGCUCGCCAGGACCCCGAUGAGGACAUCAGCGUGACAGCUGAGAGCGUGCGACAGGAGGCCCGGCUUUUCGCCAUGCUGGCACACCCCAACAUCAUUGCCCUCAAGGCCGUGUGCUUGGAGGAGCCCAACCUGUGCCUGGUGAUGGAGUAUGCUGCCGGCGGGCCCCUCAGCCGUGCCCUGGCUGGGCGGCGUGUGCCCCCCCAUGUGCUCGUCAACUGGGCCGUGCAAAUUGCCCGUGGGAUGCACUACCUGCACUGCGAGGCCCUGGUGCCUGUCAUCCACCGAGACCUCAAGUCCAACAACAUUCUGCUGCUGCAGCCCAUUGAAGGUGACGACAUGGAGCACAAGACCCUGAAGAUCACUGACUUCGGCCUGGCCCGCGAGUGGCACAAAACCACGCAAAUGAGUGCUGCAGGCACCUAUGCCUGGAUGGCUCCCGAGGUUAUCAAGGCCUCCACCUUCUCUAAGGGCAGCGAUGUCUGGAGUUUUGGGGUGCUCCUGUGGGAACUGCUGACUGGGGAGGUGCCCUACCGUGGCAUCGACUGCCUUGCUGUAGCCUAUGGAGUGGCCGUUAACAAGCUCACACUGCCCAUCCCAUCCACCUGCCCCGAGCCCUUCGCACAGCUCAUGGCCGAUUGCUGGGCGCAGGAUCCCCACCGCAGGCCCGACUUCGCCUCAAUCCUUCAGCAGUUGGAGGCACUAGAGGCGCAGGUCCUGCGGGAAAUGCCGCGGGACUCCUUCCAUUCCAUGCAGGAAGGCUGGAAGCGCGAGAUCCAAGGCCUCUUUGACGAGCUGCGGGCCAAAGAAAAGGAACUACUGAGCCGCGAGGAGGAGCUGACCCGCGCGGCGCGUGAGCAGCGGUCACAGGCAGAGCAGCUGCGGCGGCGCGAGCACCUGCUGGCCCAGUGGGAGCUGGAGGUGUUCGAGCGCGAGUUGACGCUUCUGUUGCAGCAAGUUGAUCGCGAACGGCCGCACGUUCGCCGCCGCCGCGGCACCUUCAAGCGCAGUAAACUCCGCGCGCGCGACGGCGGCGAGCGCAUCAGCAUGCCGCUCGACUUCAAACACCGCAUCACCGUGCAGGCCUCUCCCGGCCUGGACAGGAGGAGAAACGUCUUCGAGGUCGGGGCUGGGGACUCGCCCACCUUCCCCCGGUUCCGGGCCAUCCAGUUGGAGCCUGCAGAACCAGGCCAGGCAUGGGGCCGACAGUCCCCAAGACGUCUAGAGGACUCAAGCAAUGGAGAGCGGCGAGCAUGCUGGGCCUGGGGUCCCAGUUCCCCCAAGCCUGGAGAAGCCCAGAACGGGAGGAGAAGGUCCCGCAUGGACGAAGCCACGUGGUACCUGGAUUCAGAUGACUCAUCCCCUUUAGGAUCUCCUUCCACACCCCCCAUGCUCAAUGGUAACCCCCCGCGGCCGAGCCCGGAGCCCGAGGAGCCGCGGCGGCCGGGCCCGGCGGAGCGCGGCAGCGGCUCCGGGACGCCCAAGCUGAUCCAGCGCGCGUUGCUGCGCGGCACCGCCCUGCUCGCCUCGCUGGGCCUCGGCCGCGACCUGCAGCCCCCGGGGGGGCCGGGCCGCGAGCGCGGGGAGCCCCCGCCAACGCCCCGCGCCCCGCUGCCCACUCCGUCCCCCGCCGAGCCGCCCCCCUCCCCGCUCAUCCGCUUCUCCCCCGAGAUGCCGGACGCCCAGGCCUCCCCGCUGAGCCCCGACGCCCCCGGCUCGCCCUCCCCCGCGCCCCUGCUGCUGGAACUGGGUGUCCCCGCCGGCCAGCCAUCAGCCAAGAGUCCCCGGCGCGAAGAGGAGAGGCGCGGAAGCGCCGUCUCGCCCCCACCAGGGAUAUCACGCUCCGCUCCUGGCACCCCAGGUACCCCACGCUCACCGCCUCUGGGCCUCAUCAGUCGACCUCGGCCCUCACCCCUUCGCAGCCGCAUCGACCCGUGGAGCUUUGUGUCAGCCGGGCCACGGCCUUCACCCCUGCCCUCGCCACAGCCUGCGCCCCGCCGGGCACCCUGGACCUUGUUCCCAGACUCAGACCCCUUCUGGGACUCUCCACCCGCCAACCCCUUCCGAGGGGGCCCUCAGGACUGCAGGGCGCAGACCAAAGACGUGGGUGCCCAGGCCCCGUGGGCGCCAGAGGCAGGGCCCUGAGUGGGCCGGGCUGCUCCCCAUGCGCCCACCGCCCUCCAGGAGCCUCAGCAUACACUGGAAUAGGAGCCGGUCAUGCCUCUGUAGCUGCCUUGGUUUUGCCCAGGGACCCCGCCCCCUCUGGGGGUCAGGAACACUACACUGCACAGGAAGCCUUCACACUGGACGGGGGGCCUGCACCCCUCCACACCUGCAACGUGUGGGUCCCCCGACUUACCCGCCCCACUGGGGCCCAACACUGUACCCAGCUGGUUGGGAGGACCAGAGCCUGACUCAGGGAAUUGCCCCCAGGGGUGGUGCAGGGAGGAGGGGAGGUGCAGGGGAGAGGGGCCGGCCUUAGCUGUCACCAGCACUUUUGACCAAGUCCUGCUACUGUGGCCCCUGCCCCAGGGCUUCGUGCCUGGGCUCCCCUGCCCCGGGGGUCAUCUGGGGCCGGGGCUCUCUGGGUGCCUUCCUGCUGCCCCGGCCAGGGUUGGGGCCAUGGCCUUGGGAUCCAAUGAAGCCAAAUAAACUCCCCAAGCUGUCU